AUGUUAGUAGACAAUGGCAGCUCCGUUAACAUCUUGUUCGGAUCUACCUUUGACAAGAUGAUCCUGGACCAUGAGCUAACGCCCACCACCACCACUCCUCUAUAUGGAUUUACCGGAGAUAGUAUCACUCCGAGAAGAAAGAUAACACUGGCGGUAGAGAUGGGAGAGUCCCCCCAAACCACCAUGAACUUCAUGGAGUUCCUUAUUGUAGACAGUCAGUCAGCCUACCACGAGGUCCUGGGUAGACCAGCCUUGAAGGAGUUGGGAGCCGUCACUUUCAUCCACCACUUGUCCAUGAAACUCCCAACGGAGAACGGGGUGAUAACAGUGAAAGACGUCCCAAAUGAGGCCCCUCCCGAACAAGAAGAUGUUGACAUGAUUGACGCGCCCCCCGAGCAGAAAGAACUCUCCAUGAUCGAUGAGAUCGAUCCCCGCGUGAUUGAGCGCGAACCCCAAACCACUCCCGUUGAGGAGCUAAAAAGCUUCUCAGUCGACCCCUGCGAUCCCACGAAGGUGUUGAAAGUAGGCAUAGGCUGA